AAAAAGAAAAGAAAAAGAAUCCUCAUAAAAUCCCGUGUGUCUAGGGUUUUUCGUUACUGUCUCAGUGGUGGGGGAGGGAUCCAAGAGAGUUUGUGCCGAGGAGAGAGUGUGAGUGUUUUUUGAAUUUCGAAAUGGAUUCUACAGAGGAUGUUGCUAUGGUUGGAGAAGCCAACGGACGCGGUGGUCUACGGAGGAUUCGGAGUGCUUCUAUGAAGAUGACCCAUUACGUUGACCCUCUGACCGACGACGACGAAGACGAAAGACCCAAGCGAAAGGGCAGAAAAGGGGGGAAUAAGGCUCAGAAGAAGAAGAAGAGAGCCUCUGCUAAGACGAGGGGUAACACAGACUCAAUUGCUGGGGAAGGUGAGGAUUCUGGAAACCAGACUACCAUUGGGACAAUGACUCGGAAAAGGACUAGUAAGAAGAAGGGUGAAAUCGAUGGCGAGGUUCCAACCAACUCGAGCAAGAGGUCCAGGACCAGAGCUAGAAAAGGCAACGCGGAUAAUGCUGAAGUUAUCUUGUCCAAUAUGUGUCAUCAAUGUCAAAGGAACGAUAGAGGGUACGUUGUGCGGUGUCAGAACUGCGAGACGAAGCGUUUUUGCCUCCCCUGCUUAAAAACUUGGUACCCCAACAUACCAGAAGAAGAUAUUGCCAACAAAUGCCCAUUCUGCUGUGGUAUUUGCUGUUGCAGAGGAUGCUUGCGUCUAGAUAAUAAGAUAAAAGGCAUAAAUCCGAAUCUCGAGGUCAGCAAGGACACAAAAAUUCAGUGCUCUAAAUAUAUUUUGGGGAGGCUUCUCCCACAUAUGAAGGAAAUAGUUGAUGAACAAAUUGCUGAGAAGAAAAUCGAGGCAAAGAUCUCAGGACUGGAGUUUGAAAAGGUGAGGCCCCUAGAUGCUGAAUCUUUCCUUGAUGAAAGACUAUACUGUGAUAUCUGCAAGACUUCGAUCUUUGAUCUCCAUAGGAGUUGCAGGGAAUGUCCUUGUGAUAUCUGCCUUACAUGUUGCCUUGAGAUCCGCAAUGGAAAGGCUCAGGCAUGUCAGGAGGAUGUGUCCUGGAAUUAUGUUAACCGAGGUUUAGAGUAUGAACAUGGAGACGUAGGCAAAGUUAUUGUGAAGCCGGAUGUUAAGCCGGAUGAUAAGCCAGAUGAUAAGUUGGAUGAUAAGCCGGUUUGCAAAGACCAUAUGAACGACCCAUCUUUGUGGAAAGCAAAUGAAGCUGGAAACAUUACUUGUCAUUGUGGUGCCAAGGGUUUAGUUUUAAAACGCCUACUUCCUGAUGGUUGGGUAUCUGAUUUGGUAAAGAAAGUAGAAAAACUUGCGGAAGCUGGCGAGCUUUUGGAUUUACCUGAAACAGUAUUGGAGCGAUGCCCUUGUUUUAAGUCUGAUGGUCAUAUUGACAUGGACAACGGUAACUUGUUAAAGGCUGCUUGUCGAGAAGGUUCGGAAGACAAUUAUCUGUAUUGUCCAAGUGUCACAGAUGUUCAACAAGAUGACCUGAAGCAUUUUCAACAUCAUUGGGUAAAAGGGGAGCCUGUGGUUGUGAGGAAUGUGCUUGAGUCUACAUCUGGUUUUAGCUGGGAACCAAUGGUAACCUAUCGUGCCUGCCGUCAAGUCCGCAAAACCAAUCAUGAAACACUUCUAGGUGUUCACUCUACUGAUUGUCUGGACUUCUGUGAGGUAAACAUCAAUCUUCACAAUUUUUUUACCGGAUAUAUUGAAGGCCGAUAUGAUCGAAUGGAUUGGCCACAAGUCCUGAAACUGAAAGAUUGGCCUCCAUCUAAGUCCUUCGAAGAAAACCUCCCACGUCAUGCGAUGGAGUUCUUAUGCAGUUUGCCAAUGAAGCAGUACACUCACCCAGAGAAUGGACCUUUGAAUCUAGCUGUCAAGCUGCCUAAAAAUUGCUUGAAGCCAGACAUGGGGCCAAAGACAUAUAUUGCUUACGGAUUUGAGCAAGAGUUUGGCCGUGGAGAUUCUGUUACUAAGCUACAUUGCGACAUGUCUGAUGCGGUGAAUGUUUUGACGCACAUAUCUGAAGUUCCCAUUGAUAAGACAAAACAACCAAAAAUUGAAGAACUGAAAAAGAAGCAUGCUGAACAGGAUCUCAAGGAGCUGUAUAGCUCUGUAGCUAACAAGGAGGAAAUGAUGGAGAUUCUUGUAAAGUCUCAGCAACAAGUCGAAAAAGUUGAAUCUGAUGAUGGAGCUCUUUGGGACAUUUUCCGCAGAGAAGAUAUUCCAAAAUUAGAGAGUUACCUUCUGAAACAUUACAAGGAGUUUAGACAUUUCUACUGCUGCCCUUUGUCCCAGGUGGUUCAUCCGAUAUACGACCAGACCAUCUAUCUAACACGAUAUCAUAUCAAGAAGCUGAAAGAAGAAUAUGGCAUUGAACCAUGGACCUUUAACCAGAAGCUCGGCGAUGCUGUCUUAAUACCUGUCGGGUGCCCGCAUCAAGUCCGAAAUUUGAAGUCCUGCACAAAGGUAGCGCUUGACUUUGUUUCACCUGAAAAUGUCAGCGAGUGUUUACACUUGACAAAACAGUAUCGUCUACUUCCACCAAAUCAUUUUGCGAAAGAAGACAAGUUGGAGGUUAAGAAGAUGAUAAUACACGCAGUCGAUAAGUCUCUCAGGGACUUAAGUGGAGAGGAGUCUUCAGAACCUGAGGAGAAGAAAACACUUAGGGAAAGGAAGAGGAAGGGAACCAAUGCAAGUGAUAAGGCUCUCCAAGAGUUACCUCAAAGUGAAAGGUCUUCGGAAGUUGAAGUGGAGAAAAAAGCUGAAGAGGAGAAAUCAAAGGGUAUAGUUGAUGCAGUUGAUAAGUUUCUCGAAGACAUGCCUCCAAGUGAAAAGGUGUCGGAGGAGAAAUCAAAGGGGGUAGUGAAUCAAAUUGAUGAGACUAUGGAAAACUUGCCUCCAACUGAAACGAAGUUUCCAGAAGCCGAAGGGGUGAAAAGAGCUAAGAUAGUGAAGACAUACGUGCGGAGAAAAAAGCAGAGAAGUGAAGAAAUCAAAGCAUAGAAAUUAGCAAAUUACAAGCAGAGAGGGAGGAUGUAGGAGUAGUAGUAGUCUUUUGUUGCAUCUUAAUUCUCAGAAAUCUUUUGUUGCUAGUUUCCUUUGCGAAAUCACAAGUUAAAACAGAGCAGCAAGGGAGUGGAGUGAGAGAGAGAGAUACUUGUCCUUAGUUAGUUAUAUCUGCUCUUGGCAUAUUUUGUAUAUUUUCUCCUCAAUCUUCCCCUGAUUCUAUGAAGUACAGUUACCUUAUUUUCUCGAGA